UUCAAUCCGCAAGAAGUAGUUUUCCUUGAUAAAUAAGACACCAAGCCAAUUCGGGGGACGUUUCUAAAACUUUUUUUUGGGGGUUUAAAAUUCUUCUCGGCGUCUUUCAGCUUGAGAGAGCUCAAUUACCAUGGCUUUCCAUUCUUUAAUGAUCACCCUUUGGACCUUCUUAUGUUUGCUAAUUUUAGCUGACAUUGAUGGAUGCAUGGGUGGGAGAAUUAGCCUGGGUUCCAGAUUGCUAGCCUCUGAAAACCAAACGUGGAAUUCCGACAAUGGAACAUUUGCUUUCGGGUUUGCCGCUGCAGACUCGCGUAAUGAUCAGUUUCGUUUGGGCAUUUGGUUUGCAAAACUUCCUGGAGAUCGAGUACUAGUUUGGUCCGCUUACAUAAACUCUCCAGUCAGCAAAGAUGCAAUCUUGGAGUUUGACACCACCGGAAGUCUUCUGCUUAUUGAUAAACACACCACAGUUUGGACUUCAAAUACGUCCAAUGCAGGUGUGGAAGCAGCAUCCAUGUCAGAAAACGGCAAUUUCAUUCUAUACAGCAGGAACCUAACUGUUGUUUGGCAAAGUUUUUCACACCCUUCUGAUACACUUCUACCAGGCCAACCCUUAUCAGUCUCUCUCGAAUUAACAUCUUCAAUAUCACCUGCAUAUGGUGGUUUUUAUACACUGAAAAUGUUACAGCAGCCCACUUCACUAAACCUCGCUUUGACAUAUAACUUGCCUGAGUAUGGUUUUAUGCCUGAACUUUAUGCCAAUUACUCCUACUGGUCAGGACCUGACAUAUCCAAUGUGACCGGCAAUGUACUUGCAAUUUUGGAUGAAGCAGGAAGUUUUGGAAUCAUGUAUGAUUCGUCCUCUGAUGGAGCCGUCUAUGUCCACAAGAAUGAUGGUGAUAAUGGAGGCUUAUCCUUGGCCACAAACCAGACAGACAGGCCAUCUGUUCUUAGGCGAUUGACGCUUGAGAUGAAUGGCAAUUUACGGCUUUAUCGAUGGGACAAUGAUGUUAAUGGCUCACGGCAAUGGGUCUCAGAAUGGGCUGCCGUCUCUAAUCCAUGUGAUAUUGCUGGUAUUUGCGGGAAUGGGAUAUGUAAUUUAGACAGGAGUAAGACGAAUGCAUCCUGCACAUGCUUGCCAGGUUCCAAUGCUGGCAAUGACGGAUACUGCUGGGCAAAUUCAUCUCUGACUGGGAAAUGCGGCCGUCAUCAUGAGAAUCUUACAUCCCAGUUUAAGAUUUCAACACUUCAACAAACUAAUUACUAUUUCUAUGGUUCAUCAGUUAUAGCAAAUUAUAGUGAUAUAGGGACUGUAUCAAAGUGUGGUGAUGCUUGUCUAUCUGAUUGUGACUGUGUUGCUUCUGUUUACGGGCUCAAUGAGGAAAAACCUUACUGUUGGGUUCUGAGGAGCCUGGAGUUUGGUGGCUUUGAGGAUCCAGGCUCGACCUUGUUCGUGAAGGUUCAGUCGAAUGGCUCAUCUGAAAGCACAAAAGAUUCAUCUUCAGAUGGGUCUGAGAUAUCAAAGAAGAAGAUUCUGGUGCUUCCAAUUGUCCUUAGCAUGAUGGUCCUGAUUGUGCUGCUCGUUUGCUUGCUAUACAUCAGUGUUCAUAGAAAGAGAGCCUUAAAGAGAGCCCUUGACAACUCUUUUAUUUUCUCUGGAGCUCCAAUUAAAUUCAGCUACAAGGAAUUGCAGUACAGCACCAAUAACUUUUCCACCUUGAUUGGAACAGGUGGAUUUGGCAGCGUAUACAAGGGAACCCUAAGUGAUGGAACGCUGAUUGCAGUCAAGAAGCUUGACAGGAUUCUGCCACAUGGGGAGAAAGAAUUCGUUACAGAGGUGAAUACCAUAAGUUCCAUGCAUCACAUGAACUUGGUUCGUCUCUGCGGAUACUGCUCGGAGGCGUUGCAAAGGCUCUUGGUUUAUGAAUUCAUGAAAAAUGGGUCGUUGGACAAAUGGAUAUUUCCCUCCAACAAUUGCCAAGACAGGCUACUCGAUUGGUCAACGCGCUUUCAUAUAGCUCUCGGCACCGCCCAGGGAAUUGCCUACUUUCACGAGCAAUGCCGGGAUAGGAUAAUUCAUUGUGACAUCAAGCCGGAAAAUAUCCUGUUGGAUGAAAAUUUUUGUCCGAAAGUGUCUGAUUUUGGACUAGCAAAAAUGAUGGGGAGAGAGCACUCACAGGUGGUCACCAUGAUCAGAGGAACCAGAGGCUAUCUAGCCCCGGAAUGGGUCAGCAAUAGGCCCAUAACCGUAAGGGCCGAUGUUUACAGUUAUGGGAUGCUUCUUCUGGAGAUCAUUGGGGGGCGGAGAAAUCUUGAUAUGACUUUUGAUGCAGAGGAUUUCUUUUUCCCCGGGUGGGCUUUCAAGGAAUUGACAAGCGGAUCAGCAAUGAAAGUUGCAGAUAGACGAAUGGAAGGAAGAGUGGAAGAAGGAGAGCUGAUAAGAGCUCUGAAAACGGCAUUCUGGUGCAUCCAAGAUGAGGUUUCCACGAGACCCUUCAUGGGUGAAGUGGUGAAGAUGCUGGAAGGAACAGUCGACAUUAAUACGCCGCCAAUGCCACAGACCGUCCUAGAGUUGAUUGAAGAAGGGUUGGAUCAUGUGUACAAGGCCAUGAAAAGAGAGUUUAACCAGUUCAGCUCCUUCACCAUUACCUCUCAUCCAUCGUCUCGCGCUACAUGCAGUUAUUCCACCAUGUCACCUAGAUGAUCACCUAGAUGACAAUUAAAAUCAGGAAAAGAAUCGAUUAGGAUGGGAUCAGGUACAUCAUGUAAAAAUGUAGGCAGGCACUUCCAUGCAUAUCAAUCAAGCACUGUUUUUGCUCAUUGUACAUGGGGUGUUAAUGUUCUCAAGGUGAUUCAGAUUUAGAAUUCCAAUUUCCAUCGAGUAAUUAGAUGCAGUAAAUAAUACUAGUAGU